CUGAAUAUUUUUGAGAACUUUUGUCUUAUCCCCGGUAUGAUUGUGUUAAGCUUCGCAAUUAGCGAAUCAUUAUCGAGAUACUGUUAUGGUCAGUAUAGCAAUGAAUCGUACGUCGUAUGAUUUUUAUUAAUCCUUACUUAAAAUAUCAUUAUAAACAGGUUGACGAAGCGCACAGUCAGUACACAGUUAAUACGGUUGUCGUACAACAUGCACUUCGAAUUCGAAACCGACCACGUCAAAAAGUUUGAAGUCGUGACUUUCGAAAUCCUUUUCCUGUUAUCUUACGGCCACAAACAUCUUUAAGCUUUUAAUUUGUAGUGAGCUUCGUAACAGUCAAAGCGUUUAUUAACAUGCCUAGUAUUUUUUCCCUGGGCUCCAUAUUGACGGUAAUCGGAGUGGCCUACGUUAGCCAUACCAUUUAUACGUUCUACAACAUCUAUUUCCCUCCAUGGUGCACAUCGACCAAAUCAGCCAGUGACUGCAUCACUCCCAAGUAUCCAUGCGAUGCCAUUGAUCUGUUGUUCGAGGCCUAUCUGAGUCGGUCUUCGUCUCCGCCGGACAAGACCGCUCUAGCCAAAACACCACCGAGCCAUGUGCGCAUUGCCCAUCGUCUGCUGCCGUGCAGUGCAGCAUGGGAAGAGACGAUUCCCAUUGAACUGGGCAGUCUUUUGCCGUCCGUUAAAUCCAAGGGCUCUCCUAGUUUUGUUGGUCUGCAUAUGCACGUGCUAGUACUGCCUGUUCAAAAGGGGAAGCUGAAAGACAUCGACACACUGCGAACCGAUAUGCCAGAGAUUGUGUAUCAGAAAGUGAGCAUGACGAAGAUGAUGGCAGAAGAACGAACCGCGAUGAAUCUCAUUCAGGGAGACGUGGAUGAUUCGGCGCAAGAGAAAGCUGUCAACGAUACCGCGCAGAAAAAGUCUAGCGAAAAAAUCUUACAUUGGCAUUCUAAGCUACGCUGGAGUGUGAUGGACACACCGAUAUCCUUUGAUCGAAUGUCUCUACCACCGGAAAUUUAUCCCCACAUGAAAAUCAAAUCGGAGAACAAUAUGCUCCGAUAUCUUCCGAUUUUGUAUUUGGACACUUUGAGUGCGAAAAAAGAUGAAUUUAUUCCGGUGCGCAGUGCAGCGGCCAAUCUGACCGUGGAGUAUAAUCCGAUUUCUGUGGGGAAAAUUCGCAUCAUCACCAUGAUCGCCGGCUCGUUGGAGCAUUUGAAAUCGUUCGGGCUGCAGGAAUCCGAUCUGGAGGAUGUUAUUGCCAUUUUUACCGAGACGAAUUUCUACAUUUUGGCUUUCACGAUUGCCGUCACGGUGCUGCAUCUGGUUUUUGACUUUUUAGCAUUCAAAAAUGAUAUCAACUUUUGGCGCAAGCGGGAUACGGUUGUGGGAAUGUCCGGUCGAACGAUCCUCUGGCGAGCAUUUAGUCAGAUUAUUGUCUUUCUGUAUUUAUUAGAGGAGAAGUCUUCCUUGUUGAUUAGUAUUCCGGCGGGGGUGGCGUGUUUUAUUGAAAUGUGGAAAGUGUUGAAACUAUGGAAAUUUGCAGGUUUUGAACGGAACGGUUGGAGAAUUCGCAUGGUAUUCCGAUCGGCAACAGCGGCUGAGCGAUCAUGCGAUGACAUCGAUGCCGUUUUUGUGAAGAAACUGUCGUAUCUGUUGUUGCCAUUGUGUAUUGGAGGUGCCAUUUAUUCGUUAUACUAUGUCCCGCACAAAUCUUGGUAUUCCUGGACCAUUCAGAGUGCCGUCAACGGCGUAUAUGCAUUUGGCUUCCUUUUUAUGAUUCCACAGUUGUAUCUUAAUUAUCGACUGAAAUCCGUUGCUCAUUUACCCUGGAAAGUCUUCUCAUACAAAGCUCUCAAUACGUUCAUCGAUGAUCUGUUUGCCUUCAUUGUGAAGAUGCCGCUGGCUCACCGACUGGCAUGCUUUCGGGAUGAUAUUAUUUUUGUGUUCUACUUGGCCCAGUGGUGGAUGUAUCCGGUGGAUAAAUCGCGAGCUAAUGAAUUCGGGCAGUCUUUUGCAGAAGAGGAGGCGGAAACAGCCAAACAGAAUUUGCUGGCCAAAACUAAAGACGAUGGGAAAGCGGAAAAGGAGACAAAGAAGGAUAAAUAAUUGCUUAUUUGAUGUUGUUUUGCCAAAUAGCCAGUUCGAUUUACAUUCGCUUUCUAUUUGUUUUUACGACAGAUCUUUGUCUGUUUUUUGCAGAAUACAUACGGUAUUCUGUUUUGUUGUUUAAAGAUUUCCGAAACUUUUGUAAACUAAAGCAGUUAGUAAAAUGUUACGCUAUUCGAGAAGUUUCGAACUCGUCUU